GAGAGAGUGAAAUCGAGGGAGAGACAGCUUGCGCAAAAAUGAUAAUAGUAAUAAAUAACCGCUUUUGCGCGCGUGCACUACGCCAUCGUACGACAGGAAAAAAUGAUUUGAUUCUGGCAGAUUCGUUUGCUUUAUUUGUCGUGUUGUGAACAAAUGUGCGAACGCUUUUGCAUCCAUUUUAACGCCAAGUAAAACCAAUUUCUCUAAUCUGGUGUUUCAAAAGAGGGACAUCGACCAUGGCACUGGUAAUGGAACCUAUAAGUAAAUGGACACCCAAACAAGUAAUGGACUGGAUAAAAGGCUUGGACGACUGCCUUCAGCAGUACAUCAAGAACUUUGAGAGGGAACAGAUCAGUGGGGAAGAGCUGCUGCACAUCACCCACCAGGAGCUGGAAGAGCUCGGUGUCACCCGCAUCGGGCACCAGGAGCUCAUCCUGGAGUCUGUGGAUUUGCUGUGUGCUCUGAAUUAUGGGCUAGAAACGGAAAACCUGCGAACAUUGUCUCACAAGUUGAAUGCUUUUGCCAAGAACCUACAGAACUUUAUCACAGGUCGGCGUCGGGGUGGACACUACGAUGGCAGAGCUUCAAGGCGCCUACCCAAUGACUUUCUCACUUCUGUGGUGGACCUUAUUGGCGCUGCUAAGAAUCUGCUUGCCUGGCUGGAUAGAUCCCCAUUUGUCACUGUGACAGAGUACUCUCUCCUGAAAAACCACAUUGUCCAGUUGUGCCUGGAGUUAACUACUAUAGUACAACAGGACAGCACUGUGUAUGAGAUGGAAAACAAGAUCCUUCAUGUGUGUAAAACAUUAUCCCGAGUCUGUGAGCACAUCAUCUCCCUGUCCUCUGACUCCUUGGUCUCGCAGUCGGCCCACCUAGAGAUUGUCUACCUUAGUAACACUAUGCCCACUGAAGGCCUGGGGAUGUAUAUAAAGUCUACUUACGAUGGACUUCAUGUAAUCACUGGGACCACUGAGAAUUCUCCUGCUGACCAGUGCAAGAAGAUUCAUGCUGGGGAUGAAGUUAUUCAGGUCAACUAUCAAACUGUGGUUGGCUGGCAGCUGAAAAAUCUAGUUAAUGCUUUGCAAGAAGACCCCAAUGGUGUGAUCCUCACUCUGAAGAAAAGGCCACAGAAUACCUUGCCUUCUGCUCCAGGCCUGCUUAAGAACGUACGCUGGAAGCCCUUAGGCCUCCAGCUCAUCCCUACUAGUCCCCCAAGUAACCCCAACACCCCAAAUAACACCAUGGAUGUGCUUUCAAAGACGGAUAAUUACAACAUGCGUGACGUCUUCAUCAUGUCUCCUGUGUCUGGAAGUUAUGGAUCCAGGCAUGAGAUGGAUGACGCUCCCUGUGAUGAUAUCAACGAGUACAACAUAGCAAGACUUGGCAGAAAGGGCUCAGAGUCACCCAACUACUACCUUGACCAUGAAAAUGAAAAGUACUUCCCACUGGUGGAGGAUGAAGAGGUGGCGCUGGGGCCAGAGUAUGACAGGGGAUAUUCGUCAUGGCUUCCUCGGCGUGAGAGAUCCCCUUCUCACGGUGACCAUGGGCCCGGUUCUGUGCUGAUGGAGUUCAACUGGAUGGGAGGAGCCAGGGAUCCAGAUCUAUACAAGAGGAGCAGCAGAGAUCCUAAUAACUCCCUUCCACACUACUGGAGUGACAGCAAGAUCCUAAUGAUUCAGGACGAUUUGGACAUGGGGCGGGACUGCAGGUGGGACAGUGGGCAGCACUCGCGUAGGAAGACCAAGAGCACCAGCAGCAGCCAUUACCAUAUCAGCCCCUCCCUGCUGCCUGCUAAUAAUAGUGCUGGAGACACACAACGAGUUGAAACCGAUCGAUAUGCAAAUACAGGAAUUGAAAAACAAGGUGGAACAUCCAUGAAGAAGUCAUUUCACUAUGCCUCCUUACGAACCAAAACUAAAAGGAGAACUAAAGGCUCUGUACCCAACAUCAGCCGCAGGCGUGUCUCUUGUAAGGACCUGGGCCAUGGCGAUUGUGAGGGCUGGCUGUGGAAGAAGAAGGAUGCCAAGGGCUACUUCAAACAGAAGUGGAAGAAGUACUGGUUCGUUUUGAAGGACUCCUCCCUUUACUGGUACACCAACCAGAAUGACGAGAAAGCAGAGGGAUUCAUCAGCCUGCCGGAGUUCAGGAUAGACAGGGCUGUUGAAUGCAGGAAGAAAUUUGCGUUCAAAGCAUGUCAUCCUAAAAUCAAGAGUUUCUUCUUUGCUACUGACCAUUUGGAUGAAAUGAACAGAUGGAUGAACCGGCUUGGACUAGCAGCUAUUGGGUAUACACCUGAUGAUGCGAUGCUGCGCCCCGAUGAAGAUUACUGGAGUGAAAGUGACCAGGAUGAUAAUGAUGGCUAUAUGACUCUCAAACAAGACAGCUCAUCUUCACUGGGUGACACAUACCAUCGCAUUCAUUCUGUGAACUCGUCAAGCCCUUUUCCUGAUCCUAAGCACGGGCGCCAUUUUUCCAGUGACUCCACAUACUCCCAAUUAUCAGCAGAGGACUCUCAGCAAAAUGCGUUCGGCAGCGCCAGUUCCUCCAGCUGCCACUCCAUGUACUGUGAGCGACGUUCCUGGCAGGAUCUAAUGGAGACACCCCUUACCAGCUCGGGCAUGCAUUUCCUGCAUACGGGGCCAGCCGAGGGCUAUGAGGCAGGCCUCGGCGGCCAGGCCGGGGACCAGCAGCAUGGCGUGGCCCCUGACAAGUGGCGCCAGGCUACUCUGCCGGUGCAGUAUCGACACAAGUCUGACAGUGAGGGGCACUUUUCCCCAAUGGAAAGUGAGGAGCAGGGGCUGCGUGUUCCCUAUCAGACCCACAAACAGCGCAGCCAGAGCCUACCACGGAACCAUGACCGGCGAGCGCCCAAGAGCUUCCUGCACACAGCCAGGCCUUUCGAGGAGAAGAGCGAGGAUGAUGAGGUGACCUUUGAUGCUUGCAUCAGCAGCAACGAGGAGUCUCAGCAUAAGAGACGCAGCAUCGAUGGCCUGCAGGAACUUUACGAAACGCUGGAGCAGGCAAGCUUGUCAGCCUUUGGAGAGCAGCGUCCCUUCAGCAAGCAGGAGUUUCGCCGUUCUUUCGUCAAGCGCUGCAACAACCCGAUCAUCAACGAAAAGCUGCAUCAUAUCCGCAUUCUACGCAGUACCCUUAAGGCCAAAGAGGGAGACCUGACAGCUGUUAACCAAGUGCUUGAGGACUCCGAACUGACCUCCAAGAAGUUCAGAGAAUGGAAGCAAAGGCACCAUGAGCUGUUUUUGGACAUCUGUGAGUUCAUCUCAAGCACUAAUGAGCCCCAAAAUGGUGAAAUAUCUGCCCUGGCCACACCCCUCAUAGCACACACCCAUUCCUUCUUUGAGACACAUGUUUGAAAGACUGCAAUGACUGAAGCAAUGCAGUCAAGCACCAUGAACACAGUUUUUAUCUCUACUGUACUAUACCCAUCCAGCUCACUACAGCUCCGUUCUGGAAGAGCUCACAGAUGACGAAACCCUUUUUCAAAUAUAAACAUGGUACUGAAAGGAAAUUACUGUGGUUUAUCUUUUAAUAAAACACAAAAAGCCUCAAAUGUUAAUAAUGGAAUGUUUAAAUAGAAAGUAUUACAUUUCAUUCACUUUAUAUAAAAACGAAAUACAAGAGACAGCUAAGUAUAUGUUUUAGACAUUUCCUGUUAUGCAAUUUAUUUUACUUUUUCAAAUUUCCUUCUUGUAUCUUUGUGUACUUCCAGCCACAAAUGACAUACUUUUUAUUUAUAUUAGUAGAUUUCCUUACCUUAUUGUGUAUCAGAGGGUAAACUUAUUAUUUUGUAAUGAAUAAAGAGCAUAUUUGGUGUGCGUGAA